UCAUAUCACGCCAAGCCCCUUGUCAAGAUCUGAUUUCUUUUCCCUCGGAUUUCAACUCCAAAUCUUCUUUUGUUUCUUCCGUCGAGAUAUGGAGCCGAGUCGCCUUGGGAAGUGAAGGGCUUAUUUGCGAUCUGACAUUUGGUUUUUUAGCUGAGGAUCAAAUCGAGGAAUGCCAAGAAGAUGGGGAGGAAGGGAAAUUGGUUUUCUACCGUGAAGAAAGCUUUCAGCCCAGAGUCAAAGAAAAAGGAAGAUCAGAGAUCAAGCAAAUCAAAGAAGAAAUGGUUUGGGAAGCAAAAAUUGGAGAUCUCCUCAGACUCGUACGUGGGUUCUGGGAAAACAGCACGUCCCCCUGCUCCUCCACCUGAAGAAAUUAAACCAUAUGAUGUUAAGAAUGAAGCCAGUCAAAGUCAUGUUCAUGAAGUUGCAACAGCUGUGGCAGCUGAGAGAUCGAUCCAUGCUGUUCAGACUGCAGUUGCUACAAUACAAGCCCCUAAGAUCUCUCAGUUUGCCGGCAAAUCAAGGGAAGAGGUGGCUGCAAUAAAGAUUCAGACAGCUUUUAGGGGAUAUCUGGCAAGAAGAGCUCUGCGAGCUCUGAGAGGGCUGGUCAGGUUGAGGACACUGAUGGAAGGGCCAAUUGUAAAACGCCAAGCCACUAGCACUCUUCGUUCUAUGCAAACUUUAGCUCGCGUGCAAUCCCAGAUUCGUUCUAGGAGGAUCAGGAUGUUCGAGGAGAACCAGGCUCUGCAAAGGCAGCUCUUACACAAGCAUGCAAAGGAGCUCGAGAGCAUGCGGAUUGGAGAGGAAUGGGAUGAUAGCCUGCAAUCAAAGGAACAAAUUGAAGCCAAGUUACUACAAAAGUAUGAGGCAGCUAUGAGGAGAGAGAAAGCGCUCGCUUAUGCAUUCACUCAUCAGCAAACAUGGAAGAAUUCAUCCAGAUCGAUAAACCCAAUGUUCAUGGAUCCAACAAAUCCUUCUUGGGGAUGGAGCUGGCUGGAACGAUGGAUGGCAGCUCGGACAAGGGAGAGCCAAAGCACAAUGGAGAAAGAAAUGAACGAUGACCGUUCAUCUGUGAGAAGUUCUAGCCGCAGCAUCACUGGUGGAGAAAUCAGCAAAUCAUAUGCUCGUUACCAACUCAAUUCUGAAAAGCAUUCUCCCACAGCAAGCCAAAUCCCCGACUCACCUAGCUUCCACUCUUAUUCAACUCCUUCAAAGCCAGCUGCCAGAAGACUCAGGAAGGCCAGCCCAAAGAACAGCUUUGCAAUGGACGAUGACAUUAGAAGCGUGGCCAGUGCGCAGUCAGGGCGGUUCCGGCGGCACACCAUCGGUGGCGCGUCUGUGAGAGACGACGAGAGCCUUGCGAGCUCGCCGGCGGUUCCGAGUUACAUGGUGGCGACUCAGUCUGCAAAAGCCAAGUCUAGGACGCACAGUCCGUUGGCAGCUGAGAACGGCACGCCACAGAAGGAGAAAGAUAAAGGGUCCUUUGGGACAGUAAAGAAACGGCUUUCUUACCCGCCUUCACCAGCGAAACCAUGGCGGCAUUCAAGUGGGCCACCGAAGGUAGAAAACAAUUUAAAUGCAGAAAUCGCUACGGGCAAUGGUGGGGAUGCUUAACUAAAUCAGAAGAGGAAAGUUUCAGAAGUGAGGCUGGAAAGAUCGUCUGAAAAAUAAGAGAAAUGUUCGUUUGACUUGAGUGCUCCAUUUUACUUACCUUUAUAAAUUAAAUUUUAUGCCAUCGUCCUGGAGGUAUUUAAAAUCGUUUUGCCUGCUGUUUUUUCCUUUUUUUAAACGUGUCCUUUGUUUUUUUUUUUUGGUAUUUUCUCAGACGGAAAAGGGUUCUCACAAGAACAAGGAAGAUAUAAUAGCAGAUCAUCACUCUGUUUGAAAGAUCGUGAUUUCUCGUUUGAGACAUAUCAUGUAUAUUCCAUUUCAUUAACUCAUUGAUUCGCAAGAUAUUAGUAUGGAUAUAGCUUCGAAUAUUGAGAUGGUUUGCUCUGUUUU